UAUUACAAAACAGCUGAUUGCGAACUAAUAGGAUCUUACAAAAAGGUAAAACUUAUAAAUACGCAAAAUGAUUUUAGGAAGACUGAAUGACAUUCAAGUUGAAGAGGGUAGGACUUAAUAAAACUGACUGAGAAGUAGAUUAUGGCUAUAAGAGUAGCUGUUAUUGGAGCUGGUGCUGCAGGUCUGUGUGCUGUAAGACACCUUACUGCUCGACCAAAUAUUUUCCAUACUGUGUGUUUUGAUAAAAACUCAUCAGAAGGUGGGACAUGGAUAUACACAGAGGAAACAGGCAGUGAUAAAUAUGGUCUUCCUGUACAAUCAAGCAUGUAUAAGAACUUGAGAACAAAUCUUCCAAAAGAAGUAAUGGCAUUUCCAGGUUUUCCAUUCAGGACCUCUCUUCCUUCAUUUAUAAAACAUGAUGAUGUUUUAGAAUACCUCCAAGAAUAUACAAAACAUUAUGAUCUCCACAAGUGUAUAAAGUUUGAGACUUUGGUACAACAUAUCCGUCCAGAGAUUCAUGGUGACAAAACACAAUGGCAUGUGUCAUACAGUAAUGUAGGACAAAGAGAUGAAACAAAAACAGAUAUAUUUGAUGUUGUUAUGGUUUGUAAUGGGCAUUAUGAAGUACCACUUUAUCCAAAAAUUCCUGGUCUAGACGACUUUGAAGGGGAGGUAAUCCACAGUCAUUGUUAUAGACAUCCUGAACAGUUUACUGGUAAAAGAGUUGUCUGCCUUGGUGCUGCUGCGUCCGGACAGGAUAUUGCUGUUGAUGUGUCUUCUUGUGCUAAAUAUUUAUAUAUGAGUCACAAUAAAGCAGUGUUACAGACAGUGUUACCAGAUAAUGUAGAACAAAAACCUGGUAUUAAACAACUCAAAAAACAUUCUGUCAUAUUUAAAGAUGAUAGUGAAGUGGACAUUGAUGUUUUACUUCUGUGUACUGGCUAUCUAUAUAACUUUCCCUUCCUUUCAGAGGACAUAGGUUUACAAGUAGAGGAUGAGAGAAUAUGGCCUCUUUAUAAACAUGUGAUACACACACACUAUCCUUCACUGUCUUUCAUAGGUAUAUUAAAGACAAUUUGUCCAUUCCCAGCCUUUGAUAUGCAGGUUCGCUUUGUAAUAGCAGGAAUUGAUGGCUCUAUGCCGCUUCCAUCUGAAGAAGAGAUGAAAAAGGACAUUGAUAAGGAUUUCAAACUGAGACUGUCAGAAGGACUUCCUGUUAGAUAUGCUCAUAAUAUGGGUCCAAGACAGUGGCGUUAUAAUGAUGGACUUGCUGAAAUGGCCAAAAUUAAACCACUUCCUCAAGUGGUUGAAAUGCUGUAUGAUUAUGUGCAUGAAACUCGUGUGAAAGAUAUUGCUGGUUACAAAUCUGUAAACUAUAGUAUUGAAGGAGACAGUGAUAUGUUUAAGGUUGUCGAAACAUAAACUUAGUGUGCAACUUAUAUAUACAAUGUGUAAACAAGUGUGCAAUAUUUAGAUAUAUAUUUAUAUAAAAUGUGUAAACUCCAGUAUUGGUAAAUCUCAUUUGCUGUCCUUCAAAAUGAAAUUAAAAAGUUUUAACAGGA